CGCUCACUCAGUAGGUUGUUUGAGUAUUUCUGGAGCCGGUUUCUUACAGGCGAGCGUCCAAAAGAGGACGCACCGGUUCUUUCUGUCCUCUAGUAGUCACUGGAUCCGCCUUCACUGCUUUACCUCAAGGAGAACCAGCCAAAGGGAGAAAAAAAAAAAAAAAAAAAAAGAGAAGACGUUUUAGACUUGCUUACAGUGUUUUAAGUGUUGCUCUCUCUCGCUCUAUCUCAUCUGUGACUGAGAAAUGAAUCACAAGAUCGUUUUACUAUGGACUUUUCUAUUGUGUUUGUCGUCCGCUGCUGGGGGAAAUGCUGUUCUCAAAGGUGAAGAUGAGGGAUUUGACGAGUCACCAAUCAACCAUAAGCCUGUCCACGGCAUGAUUAAGUACAACAUGAGGAAGAACUUAGACUUGGACCAAGAAGGGUGCUACCUGCAGACUGGCAACAAGGCCUGUUUAGAAGAGUGCGGCUUCAAUGCUACGGCCAAGACCAUCUUCAUCAUCCACGGCUGGACGAUGAGCGGUAUAUUUGAAUCAUGGAUGGCCAAGCUGGUCUCUGCAGUGAUGCAGCGUGAAAGCAACGCCAACGUGGUGGUCGUUGACUGGAUACCCUUGGCUCAGCAGCUCUACCCCGACGCAGUCAACCACACUCUCGCCGUCGGUCUUGAUAUCGCCAGCAUGCUAGACUGGCUCCAGGAAGAACUGCAGCUCCCUCUGAAGAAUGUGCAUCUAAUUGGAUACAGUUUAGGCGCUCAUGUUGCUGGUUUUGCAGGAGAUAAAGUAAAAGGGAUUCUUGGUAGAAUUACUGGUCUCGACCCAGCGGGGCCCAUGUUUGAGGGUGUGGAGGAGAAGAAACGCCUGUCCCCUGACGAUGCCGACUUUGUGGAUGUUCUGCACACCUACACCCGGGAGGCUUUAGGCGUAAGCAUCGGGAUCAAGGAGCCAAUUGGUGACAUUGACAUCUAUCCAAACGGUGGCGACGUGCAGCCUGGGUGUGCGCUUGGCGACCUGUUGGCAGUAGCAGGAAAUUUCAUGGAGGUGAUGAAGUGCGAACAUGAGCGAGCCGUGCACUUGUUUGUGGACUCUUUGAUGAACAAGGAGCACGUGAGCUACGCCUACCAAUGCACCGACCCGGCUCGCUUCAAGAAGGGAAUCUGCCUGAGCUGCCGCAAAAACCGCUGCAACAAUAUCGGCUACAAUGCAAGAAAGAUGCGCAAGAGGCGCAACAGUAAGAUGUACCUGAAGACUAGAGCGGACACUCCUUUUGGAGGCUACCACUACCAAAUGAAGAUGCACGUGUUCGAUAGGAAGCAGUCUCAAAACGCAGAUCCAACGUUCUACGUGAAGCUGUACGGUGGACAUAACGACACAGGAAACCUCUAUGUUGUCCAUGAGGAGCCUAUUGGUCUGAACUUCACCAACACUUUCUUGGUCUUCACUGAAGAGGACAUAGGGGACCUGCUGAAGAUCCGUCUGAGUUGGGAAGGGGAAACUGAAUCGUUCAGCUCACUGUUGAAGGGUUUCUGGAACUGGAACCCAACGGCCACCAAACCUGUGCUGGAAGUCCGGCGGAUUCGUGUGAAAGCUGGAGAAACUCAGAAAAAGUUUGCUUUCUGUGCACAAGACCCUUCAAAAACUGAGAUCUCUCCAGGGGAGUCAAUAACCUUUGUAAAAUGUCGUGAUGGCUGGGAAGUUAAACCUAGAAAAAGGAUACCAAUGUAAGAAGUUGGGACUACAAAUGACCAAUGCACAGUCACCGUGGGGAGCCCCAGUGUGGGUCAGGGAGAAGCACAGUCUUCUCUUCACUUCUGCACUUUCGUUGGCUUUAAUUGUGCACUGGGGAAGGAGUCUUCAGGUCUUGAAUGUUUCUUGGAAUAAGGACAGUGGGGGGUCUGUUCAAGAGCUGGAAUGCUGUGCACGGGUUCGUAACUGUGGAGGUCCUGCUUGCGUUGAGAUUGCUGGGGAAAGUCAUUGACCGUUCCUCUUGAUUGGACUAGUGAAGUAGAAGAGCUUCGUGCCAGAAGACACCAGGCAUUAUAGUAUAUACUGUUCAUUUUUUAAAAAAGAAUAACUAUUUUAUUUAUUGAAAAAAAAGCACUGCAAGACCAACAUAAUUUAUCAGCACAUCCCAGAAUGAAGCACGUGUUGAAUAUUUCAAAUGCAGUAUUUAAUGUGUCAAUGUGUUUGUCUGUCUCAAAGAAUUGAGAGAUUACUGAUGCACUGUAUUUUCAUCUGUUAAAUACAGCCUAGUGUUACAAAGUAAUUUUGGGGUGUGUGUAAAUAGUGUAAAUACAUUUUGCAAAAUAAAGUCAAAUUUGUAGAAA